CUCUGGUGUUCGCGGAGCAAAGUCUCUGCGGUGGCCCUGCCAGCGGGGACACGCGUCGCGCAGACGCUCCGGGUCACCAGAGCCACACUGAGUUUGGAAUUUUGCCUGCCCCGCAGCCCGGGAUGGGAUGGCCGCUCCCCUCGCCCCGACUCACCUGCUUCUCUGAGCCACGUCCAUUUUCCUCUUUGCUUCUGGCUCCCGAAGGCAUCUGUGCCGCGACCGGGUUCCAAGGCUCACCAAGAGAAGAGACAGGGUGGUAUGGUAGUGGGAGGUGCACUCGCCAGAGUCCCCGCCCUGCCCUGGGGGGUAGGGGUGGAAGGGGUGCAGAACAGCCGACCUGGCCCCCACCAAGCCCCUGGUAUCCUUCGGCGACAUCGCACGAUGGGUGACUGGGACCCCGGGAGGAAGGGGCAUGCAGCGUGCAAAACUUUGGGUCCUCCAGCGGCGACUGCCGGAAAGGCCGCCUUUACUUCUGCUCGGGGUCGCUCCAGUUGCGGGGUUGCUGGCUGGACAAGGCGGCGGUGCGCAGCAUCCUGGCUCGAGGCGACCCUGCCCGGCUGAACGUGCGCGGCUCUCGGCCUCUGCACCGCUCUGCGCUCCGCCAGCCCGACUGCGCGCUCUCCCGGGCCCCGCGCACUCCGCGCCUCUCUGGCGCCCCCAGCGGCCGCGCGCAGCACAGCAGGGCCGGGCAGGGCCGAGCGCGCCCCGCCUCCUGCCUCCUCCGCCGCCCUCCUCCCCCUCGCAGAGCACUCAAUGUCGGAACGUUCCGAAGAUGACGUCGGAGCGUUCUCGAAUCCCGUGUCUCUCGGCUGCUGCUGCCGAAGGAACAGGGAAAAAGCAACAAGAAGGAACAGCAAUGGCGACACUGCACCGCAAAGUGCCCAGUCCGGAGGCGUUUCUGGGCAAACCCUGGUCCUCCUGGAUCGACGCCGCCAAAUUACACUGCUCCGACAAUGUAGAUUUAGAAGAGGCUGGAAAAGAGGGUGGCAAAAGCAGGGAGGUUAUGAGGCUUAAUAAAGAAGAUAUGCACUUGUUUGGCCAUUAUCCAGCGCACGAUGACUUCUAUCUGGUCGUGUGCAGUGCCUGCAACCAGGUCGUCAAGCCACAGGUCUUCCAGUCACACUGCGAGAGAAGACACAGUUCAAUGUGCAGGCCUCCUCCCUCUCCAGCAUCCCCAGCCUCCAGUUCCCGGACAUCACUAGCACAGGCAAAGACGAAAGCCUGUUUCCGCGGCCAUAACGCUGUCAGCAGCACCCCAAAGCCAUUUAAAACGCCCAAAGACAAUCUACUUACCUCCAGCAGCAAACAGCACACAGUCUUCUCUGCAAAGGGGCCAAGGGAUAAACCAUGCGUUCCAGUUCCUGUAGUCAGUUUAGAGAAAAUCCCUAACCUAGUGAAGGCAGAUGGUGCCAAUGUCAAAAUGAACUCCACAACCACUACCGCAGCCACUUCCUCCUCCGCUGCCGUCUCCACCCCACCUCUAAUUAAGUCCAGCUUGAUGUCCAAGUCAGUACCACCCUCACCAGAGAAGAUCUUAAAUGGCAAGGGGACUCUGUCAGCUACCACAGACAAGAAGCACCAAAACGGCACCAAAAACAGCAACAAGCCUUACCGGAGACUCUCAGAGAGAGAAUUUGACCCAAAUAAACACUGUGGAGUAUUGGAUCCCGAGACAAAGAAACCUUGCACAAGAUCCCUCACCUGCAAGACACACUCGCUGAGCCAUCGCAGAGCGGUCCCAGGCCGGAAAAAGCAAUUUGACCUCCUCUUGGCGGAACACAAAGCCAAGUCGCGGGAGAAAGAAGUGAAAGAGCACCUCCUGACUUCCGCUAGGGAAAUACUUCCAAACCCGCCCGGACCGGUGCCUGAUGCUCUGCAAGGAUCUUCCAGCAGCACGGUAGCAGAGCCGAAAGUACCAUCCCCUCCAAAAUCCAGGCCGCUCAACUCUGUACUUCCCAGACCAUCAUCUGCCAACAGCAUAAGCAGCAGUACAUCUUCAAAUCACAGCGGCUACACUCCGGAGCCCCCUCUGCCCCCAGCUGGAGGUGACCUUGCCAGCCGACUGUCCAGUGAUGAAGGGGAGAUGGACGGAGCCGACGAAGCCGAGAAGUUAGACUGUCAGUUCUCCACACACCACCCCAGACCUCUUGCGUUCUGCUCGUUUGGGAGCCGCCUCAUGGGACGAGGGUUCUACGUAUUUGACAGACGAUGGGAUCGUUUUCGGCUCGCACUGAACUCCAUGGUAGAGAAACACUUGAAUUCACAGAUGUGGAAGCACAGAAGCCCGAGCCACAGGGCAUCAGGUCCCUCCCCUCUGUUCAGGACUUGCCUAACCAAUCUGCUGUCACUGAGCAACAUUGGGGCUGCCUGGGUGUCAACUCUGGAGAGCGUAGCACCCCGCUGCCCUCUCAGCCUCGCUGCCCAAACUCCAGGCCCUGACGGGCCCGAACCUGGAGGGAUGGCAGCCGAUGGGGGCAUGGAAGACAUUAGGAAGAAAAGGAACGGCCAAGACUCUUUUUUCUUUAACAAGCAUUUAACUCUGCAUCAGGAGACGCCAACACAGUAUUCUCUUUCAGCCAGGAAGAUCCCUCCUGCGGCAGAUAGCCCCAUGCCCUCGCCAGCAGCCCACAUCAGCCCUGUUCCAGCAUCCGUUUUACAGCCUUUCAGCAACCCCAGUGCUGUGUACCUUCCUUCAGCUCCCAUCAGCUCGAGACUCACCUCUUCUUACAUAAUGACAUCAGCCAUGCUCUCAGACGCAGCUUUCGUGGCAUCGCCGGACCCACGUGUCCUCAUGUCCCACACCACAGCUUUCCCCCAUGUGGCUGCAACCCUCAGCAUCAUGGACUCAACCUUCAAGGCCCCAUCCGCUGUGUCCCCGGUACCAGCUGCCAUUCCUUCCCCAUCCCACAAGCCAUCCAAAACCAAAACCAGCAAAUCCUCAAAAGUCAAAGACCUAUCAGCUCGUAGCGACGAAUCUCCAAGUAACAAAAAGAGGAAGCCGCAGUCUUCGACUUCCUCCUCCUUGUCCUUGCAGGCUUCCUUCUCGUCUCCGUUGUCAGGGCCCCACAAAAAGAACUGCGUUCUGAAUGCCAGUUCCUCCUUGAACUCCUAUCAGGCAGCCCCUCCCUAUAACAGUCUGUCUGUGCACAACUCAAAUAACGGGGUGAGCCCUCUCAGUGCCAAGCUGGAGCCCUCAGGACGGACCUCGCUGCCCAGCAGCCCCAUGGACAUAGUGAGACAGGUGGGCGCUGUGGGUGGCAGCAGUGGCCCCUGUCCCCUCUCCGUGCCCUCCCUUGCACUCCACGCAGGGGACCUCUCUCUGGCCUCACACAAUGCUGUGUCUUCUCUGCCCCUCUCUUUUGACAAAUCAGAAGGAAAAAAGCGUAAGAAUUCAAGUCCUAGUAGCAAAGCCUGUAAGAUCACUAAAAUGCCUGGUAUGAAUAGUGUUCACAAAAAGAACCCACCCAGCCUUCUUGCACCGGUGCCCGAUCCCGUUAACAGCACCUCCUCUCGGCAGGUUGGAAAAAAUAGCAGCCUAGCUUUGUCACAAUCCAGUCCUUCAAGCAUAUCCAGCCCAGGACACAACCGACAGAAGAACACAAGCAGAAUGGGCAGGAUAAGGACUCUUCCCUAACAAGAUGGUGAAGCCACUUCCAACCAGUCCUGGCUGACAUCCUCCCCAGGAGACUAAGUCGGGAGAUGGGAGGGCGCUGGCCUGUGGGGGAGUGUUUCCUGGUCGCUGAUUGUGGCUAUGGCCUUUCUUUUUUUUACAUGGAUUUUUAGUUUAAAAAAAAUAAGGCAAAAGAACCUAAAUUUGAGAUUUACAGAAAACAGUGUUUUCUCUCUGUUUUUUUCAUUUGUCACGUCUUAUACAUUCUUCCACAUUUGGGGUUACUCCCCUUCCUCCUGAUGCUGCUAGUGCACCGUCAUUUUGCUCCUGCCCUGAGAACAGAGGCUGCAGACUGUCGGUUCCGGUUCCGGGUUCCGGUUCCGGGUUGGCACCCGCAAGCUCUUGAACUUUAGCGCUUUCAGAGUUCAUUCUUUCCCAAGUCCUUUCCCACCCCGCCCUUCCUUUCAACUGUGUUCCAGUGGUUCAGAAGCUCCUGGCUCCCACUGCAGCCCUGGACCACUUGCUGGGAGGAGCCUGGCCUUGGAGUUGCUUCGAGGGGCUGAGGGUGGACCUUCAACUGUUUCUUGCGCUUCUCCUUGUCCAGAGCCAAAUGCCAGCCACGAAAGUGAGGACAGUGGCCCUUUAAUGAUGUGGUUUGCUCAAUGCCCAGGCCCAGCUGUGCAGAAAAGACGCACCGGGUCAGGUACAAGGGCAGAAGGGACCUGAGAGGAAGGGAAUAUGGUGGGACCCCGAUGACUGUGAUGGUCAGAGCUUGUUUGGAAUAUGCUAUGAAGAGUCCUUCCCAGGGCACAGUGCAGUUUCCUAAAGCUGGGUCAGCCAGAGACAGAAAGCCCACAGGACCUAGGAAAGCCACUUCAGGAGGUGGCACAGUGACCAUAGCUCCUGAAAGUUCCCCAGAUGUCAGGAAGUUUUGGGGGCCAGGAAGGGUCCUCCAGAGAAAAGUCUGCAUGGAAUUUUUUUGUGCCAAACCCCUUGUGGGAAUAAGAAAUAUCACUGGUUGCACACCCACACCUUAGAUAAGCUUGCACCCCACCAUCAGGUGCCCCAACUCAGACAGUCCAGAGCUGGCAAGGACACGCAUAGAGAAGAGGCUGGGCGGGGAGGCACCGGAGCAUCGCAGCUAUUAAGCUGUCCACAUUGGAGUUUUGAAAGAAACAGCAGGACCAUUAAGCUCUGAUGGGGAAUCAGAAAGAGAAUUCACAACACGGAACAGGUGUUCCACUUUGAUCUGCCAGACGUCCUGUGCCAUCCUGAAAUCAGAAGUGAAUGCUAGUUCUGCAGCUGGGCACACCCCCUCUCCCUCCCCAAAGAUUUCCUUCCCAUUCCUUUUCUCCCAACCCAAAGAUCAGACUACUGUCAAAUUUCACCACGGAAUUGGAAUCUGCAGAGAUGGGAGGCAAAAGGAGUGAUUUCUGUCAAUGGAAUCGCACUGACAGUGUUUCUUACAGGAUUCUUAAAAUUUUAAAUAUAAAAUGAAGAUUUUUUUUAAAAGUCAGGAGUUGAUAUUAAGCACCAGGACAUUGGUUGAAUUAUUUCAUUUUUUUCCCCCAGUGUUAAAAGUGCACUUAUAUCCUGGUUAAUUUACAUCUUGGGGGGGAGGGGGACUGCAAAUUUAAGGGGUGAUUGUUACUUUUUUGUUUUGGGGUUUGUUUUUUUUUAAGGUUAAGGCAGAUUUUAAGACUUAUAAAUGUUUAAGAAAUUAUAAACAAGGUUAGAUCCUUUGAAAAACAAAGUUUAGAAGAUAUUCUUAAAGUAAAUUUUUAUAGUGUUAAUUUUGUAAUAAUUUAUGUUUUACUAUAUUACAGAGCUAACUGACCAGAAUAGUUUCAGAAACAAUAUGAAACUUAGGAAAGUUUAAGCAAUGUUUAUAUUUUUAAAAUGUUCUUUGAAUUAUGUUUUUAUUGUACAUUUCUUCAGACUCAAAAGUGUGUACAUAUCUUUGUUAUUUUUGCACAAUUUUUGUCUUGUUUGGUUUUAGAUGUCCGUUGGUUUUUAUAUAUAUAUAUAUAAAUACAUAAUUUAUUUUGAGUUGUAAAACUUGCAGGAUUAAAAACAAAACAAGUCUCAGCAACAAAAUAAGCCUCUGGCCCAUAAACUCUUCUGUUCAAAGAGGGAAAACAAAGGUUGAGGGGUGAACGGUUGCUUCUGAGAAACAGCGGCUUCACAGAGACUAGGGAGCAAGCAGGCUUCAGGUCGUCCGCUCUGUGUCUUGCAUCCGAAGCUGGAAUAAAGAGGCUCUCCACCCAAUGCUGCUUACUCUCUUGAGAGACCGCUUUGACCAAAAGGUGAGGACAAUUCCAGAAAACUGAGCAAAAAGGGAAAACCCACGGUAUUUCUUCCUUCACAGUCACCCCCGGGUUUACUUUCUGAUGUAUUAAACGCUUGUAGUUAGGAAAAAAAAAAAUGGAAUGCAAAGAAAAGAUUUCCUUUGUGUUUGUUCUCAUGGAAUUCAACUGGACCAACCCCUAAAGCAUCAGGAGAGUAGUAUCUUCGGGUCUUUCUGUUCCCCACACCCCAAUCAGCCUUCUGUUGGCCCCUUGGCUGCUCACACCCCUGUCUGCCUGAGGAGCUCCUGACUCGUCUCCACCUCAGAGGCUCUGGAUGUUAAGCGUAACACAAUGCAUAGACCUGUCAGCCAUAUAAAAUUUAAAAAUCAAAAAAUCGAGUUGGAUAACUUGUAUGCCUUCUUUUGUAUCAAUGUACCAACUGUAAAUAACGCUGAUCAACCUUUGUAGAAAAUAGUUUAUACAGCGUAUUCUAUUAUUGCUGAUUCUCAGUGAACUCUUGUUU